AUGUGUCAUGAACCCUCACUGUCAGCUCUCUCACUCUUGCUCUCGCCAACUUGUUCACGUUUACGUUAAUUGUUCCAUUUUUUCGAAAAAUGUGAAAUGCAUAGACAGUUGGCUUGGUAAAAGCACUGGGUGCGGUUUGCUUUCAACAUUGUAGUCAUUGCGAAAAGUAACGGUAUGCUCUCUAUACGUUUUAAGAGAAAAGCUCUGAAGAAUUUACUUGCCUACAGCGCGUGCCAUAUUAUUAUGUCCAAAAGCUCAACUUCCUACCUACUGUUACAAAUCUUAAUAAUGUGCUGUCUAUAUGGAGGAUACACAGCGGCCGAUGACGAUAAUGCCUUCACACUAGUUUUUGGCAGCGAGUCAACACUGCAAAGCGUGGAGAAAGAAGUCAGCGACGCAAAAGGAACACUGACAGAUGUCGUAAACAGUUCCAGCCAACUACUCGCGGAUUAUGACGCCUUGAUCGAAGACUUUGAAAAGCUAGAAACUGCGCUGGGCAAGCAAAAUGACAUUGUAUCGAAGAAACUGGAAACAUUUAUUGAGGAUAAUAUCGCAAUACAGAGCACGGAGCUGCUGCAAGAGCUGACAGCUGAUGAAAAAUGGCUGCAAGAGAUGAUGAGUGCGCAGCAAAGAUCAUUUAUCGCAGAGUUGAAAACGAGCGAAGAGAAACUGCUUGCUGAAAUCAAACAAAAUACAACACCCAAUGAAGUGUUAACUCAUUAAUGGCGCCAUUUUUUGGUAGCUGAGCUGCAAAUGAACACUGCGAAACGGUUAAAAUUUCCUUUUAGUUGUUUAGUCAAGUAAUAAAAUAAGAACGUAAACUAUAUUAUUUAGAAAUAAAUAAGCUUUCGAGGAUUCUUUAGUACGAGAAAUUCAUAUUUUUUCCAAAAAUCUAAAAGAAUUAUCUGUCAAAAUAUUGUAUCAGCACUGGUCAUCUUGACCUGAAGUGGAGUUGGAGUGUCCAGGCCUGUUGCACUGAGACCCAAAGAUCAUUAUUGUUAGUCCGUUUGAUCUCGUAUAUCCCUUUCUUAAAAUCAGCGGUCAAAAGAGGGAAAAAUAUUCCAAAAUCAGCGAAACAAAAAAAAAAAAACUUGCGAAAAUUUGUAAAUAAUUAAAAAUAGAAAGAAUAUGACACGUGCGAGACAUAACGGCGCUGAAAUUUUUAAUAUCACAAGCAAAGAUUAAGAUAGAGUCUUGUAAUUGGUGUGCGAAUCUAAGUGUACAGCAAGCAACGGAGCGGAUCACAAGUGAUGUCAAAGGCCAAAGCACUGCCGGUCAAAUUAGUGUAUGUGUGUGAGUGUGUCUUCAUUAUUGCUGUAAAUUUUGCGAGUGACUAAAUAUUUUUUAUUGUCAUAAGAAAUAGAGAAUUUUGCAAGCAAAUAGGUAAGUACACAUACAUACAUACAUACAUACGCACAUGUAAACAAAACAAAGCACGCAAUGGCGGAGCGGGUGCACUGAGCCGGAAGAGUUGCGUGUAGGUGAAUCACUUGUUAAUAGCCGACAGGUUAAGACGCUCAGCCAAGCAAGAAAGCCAUUUGAAAAGGUUGUGUUGAAAAGUGCGUGUGAGUAUGUGUGCAAUAGCAGCUGAAUGACUUUGUUGCUGCAUUCAAAAAUAGAAUUGAAAUAACAAAAAUAUGCGUAAAAUAAUUUUCUCUUCAAAGAAGAAGAAGAAGAAAAGAAUUAAUAAGCCAGCUAAAGAAUUGGUUUUAAGACGCCGCAGUUUUUGUCUUUUGUCCAGCAAUUAAAAUUUUAUUAAACUCACAAUGGUAGGGACAGGAAGAAUUGAGGCGCUCACUGUUUUUCAGGCGAAAAAGAAUUAAUAGCUUGUGACUUCAAACCGCUAGAGUGUAGUCAGACAAUAUUUAAAGUUCGUGCUGAGCAUAAAAAUGUUUUUGGGCUUUAUCAAAUUGUUGCAUAACUCGAUUUCAAACAACAAACAAUAUAGAUUGAUCUACGAAUAUCGGUAAUA